AUGGCUCCUUUCAUGUGCGAGGAAGAUAUCCCUUCCGAAAAAAGCGGCAAUACAACCAACAACAAGACAGAUAGAGAUAUUGCGAUUGUUGGAUAUUCAUAUCGAUUUCCAGCAGAAGCAGUAAAUGAUGAGCAAUUCUGGAAAUUACUCGUGGAAAAAAGAUGUGCCAUGACUGAGUGGCCUGCCGACCGCAUGAAUGUAUCUGGAUGGUACCAUCCGGACAAAUACCGUCGAGGCCAGGUGACAUCACGCGGUGCAUGCUUCUUAGAAGAAGAUGUAUCAUUAUUUGAUGCUGCUUUCUUCUCUCUGUCAGGUGAUGAGGCAGCGGCUCUCGAUCCGCAACAAAGGCAUAUGUUGGAAGUAACUUAUAUGGCGUUAGAAAAUGCGGGGAUUCCAAUGGACAAAAUGGCCGGAUCACAAACAUCAGUGCACGUGGGAUGCUUUGGCAGUGAUUAUCGGCUCAUGCGUCUCAAAGAAAUCGAAAAUACAACUGAUUAUGACGUACUUGGCAUAAGCAUGUGCAUGACUGCGAAUCGUGUGAGCUGGUUCUUUGACUGGCGAGGGGCCAGUGUGAAUAUCGACACAGCUUGCUCAAGCAGCUUAGUAGCCCUGGAUAUGGCUUGUCAAGGAUUGGUGAACGGAGAGGCUGACAUGGGAAUUGCGGCCGGGACCAAUCUUCUCUUAUCCCCAGAUAUGGUGCAGGUUGAAUCAAACGUCAAUAUGCUUUCCCCUGAUUCGAUAAGUUACAGUUUUGAUCAUCGAGCCAACGGCUUCAGUCGAGGUGAAGGGACAGGAGUCGUGGUACUUAAACGUCUUCAAGACGCUCUUCGCGAUGGCGAUACCGUCCGAGCCGUAAUUCGGGCUACUGGUUCCAACCAAGAUGGCUUGACUGCAUCGGGCAUUAUGCAACCUAACGGUGCUUCUCAGACAGAACUCAUCCGACGAACUUAUGAGAAAGCUGGACUGAGCCUUGAGCCUUGUCGCUUCUUUGAGGCCCAUGGAACAGGAACUCCCGUGGGUGACCCAAUCGAGUGUGAUGCUAUUGGGGAGGCCUUCCGAGGCGUUCGGUCUCCUACUGAUCCCCUAAUUGUCGGAUCAGUUAAAUCAAACAUUGGUCACCUUGAGGGUGCUAGUGGCAUAGCUGCUCUUAUCAAGACUAUCAUGGUCCUGGAAAAGGGGAUAAUUCCUCCAAACACAAACUUCGAGAAGCCAAACCCGCGGAUCGACUUGCAGCUACAUAACCUCUGCCUUCCGUUGGAGGCUAUGGCAUGGCCAACACCGGGUCUGCGAAGGGCGUCGGUUAAUUCCUUUGGCGUAGGAGGAUCAAACGCCCAUGCGAUUCUUGAUGAUGCCUACAACUAUCUCUGUGAGCGUGGACUGAAAGGAAAUCAUCUUACCGUCGAAAGCAAAUCGAUGCAGCCAAAGCAAUAUAGUGUUUCAUUGAGCAAGCAGAGUCGUAUUCUUUCCAUCCCAAAGCUACUUACAAUCUCUGCGACAACCAAGGCAGGUUUCAAGGAUAUGGUACGAGCCUACAAAGCAUAUUUUGACAGUUUGUCUUUCCCGGAAGAUAAUUUUCAACAGUUCAUCAAUGAUCUGGCUCACACAUUGAAUACACGUCGAACUGUCAUGUCUUACAAGAGCUUCUGGCUUGCGUCCAGCCCGGAAGAUCUAUACAAUAUGGACCAGAAGAUAUCCACCGCCUCUAAUAAUCAGCAAUCACCGGUUUUGGGAUUCGUAUUCACAGGCCAAGGAGCUCAAUGGGCGGAAAUGGGGCGAGAGCUGCUGCGGUAUCCAGGAUAUCGGGCAAGUAUUGGGAGAUGUCAGCAGGCGCUGGAGUCUUUCGGCUGUCAGUGGUCUUUGGUAACUGAACUACUUCAACCCCAAAAUGAAAGCCGCAUAAAUGAACCUGAAAUAGCUCAGCCAGCUAACACCGCGUUGCAAAUUGCUCUGGUUGAUCUGCUAGAUGAGCUCAAUGUGCACCCAGCCGCGGUUAUUGGGCACUCUUCUGGAGAGAUCGCCGCCGCAUAUACAGUCAAAGCUAUCUCCCUGUCUGAUUCCAUGAGGAUUGCCUAUUUUCGAGGUCUUUGUGCCAGAGAGCUGGCAAAAGCAAGUUCCCAGCCCGGGGCAAUGCUUGCUGUGGGACUUUCUGAUGCGCAAGCUCAAGUUUAUGUCGACCGUGUCAUCAAGACAGAGACGUCUCAGAUCCUUGGCAUUGCUUGCGUCAAUAGUCCAAAGAGUGUCACUAUUUCAGGAUAUGCAAACCAAGUGGAUCGACUGCAGGCUCUCUUCGAUGCGGACAAAGUCUUUUCGCGCAAGCUGCGGGUGCCUGUGGGAUAUCAUUCGGCUCAAAUGAACCAAAUUUCCGAAGUUUAUCGACGACACCUCAAGGGACUUGACGGCGAACUAGUUUCCAAGCCAUUCUCGGAUAUAACAAUGGUCUCUUCUGUUACAGGGAAGACCGUUGAAGCAGCAGAAUUAGCGAAGCCUGACUAUUGGGUUGCUAAUCUUGUCUCUCCAGUUCAAUUUACUAAGGCAAUUUUUGGUGUCUGUACAGAUCCUGGAAGCAAAAUCCGCAAAAAGUUAGACUGCAGUCACCGGGGUCGGCCAGGGGUCAAUAUUUUAGUUGAAAUCGGUCCCCAUUCAGCGAUGCAAGGACCUGUUCGAGACACGUUGGAGCUACUGACCUGGGGCAAGGACAUAAAUUAUUUUCCAAUUAUUCGUCGACAAGAGCAUGCAAUCUAUACGUUCUUGAGCGCUAUUGGAAAUCUUUAUUCACUAGGUGUUUCGGUCGCCCUCGGCAUAUUGAAUCAGAUCUGUGAUUCUGAAAAAAAGGAACAUCACCUGCUUGUUGACCUACCACCCUACCAGUUCAAUCACUCCACUUCAUACUGGCGAGAAGGACGACUGAGCAAGCGUAUCCGUCUUGGAGGUGGUCGUCUUGAUCUUUUAGGAAAACCAGUGGCAGAUUGGAAUCAUCUCGAAGCAAGAUGGACCAAUCAUAUUCGUUUGACAGAUAUGCCCUGGGUGAAAGACCAUGUCGUGAAAGGUGUACUACUAUACCCUGCCGCUGGCAUGGUUGUGAUGGCCAUUGAAGCUGCUCAUCAGAUGGCUGAUCCCGCUCGUUGCGUCUCUGGGUUUGAACUGGAAGAUUUGACAUUCCAUCGUGCACUUACGAUCCCUCGAGACGCCGAUGGAAUUGAGACUAGCUUUCUGCUACGAACGAGGACUGAGAACGGCAUUCCUGAACCGUGGAUGGAGUUUCGUUUAUUUUCCUAUGAGAACGAAAACUGGAACGAGAACUGUUACGGUCGCAUUAAGCUGAACUAUACCGGCCCGGCGGAUGCAAUACUGGAUGACUGGUUAGAAACACACAAUGACAUCGCUAGUGGAUGCACCAGCGAACUUGCUUCAGACUCCUUGUACUCAACUCUCCAUCGCCAUGGAUACGAAUUUGGUCCGAAUUUCCAAACAAUACUUGAUCCCAAAUGCAAUUUGAGGCAGGCGAUAUCGAGUGUCCAGGUAUUCCAGUGGCCAGCCAGUCAAUACCCUCAGCCUCACGUCAUCCAUCCCACCACCCUUGACGGGAUUUUCCAACUUAGCAGCGCUGCUUUGAUUGGAAGCAGUGGGUCAAAUGCGUCAACUGCUUUACCUACUGGAGUUGGGCGUCUAUGGAUUGCGAAGGAGGGCUUGAGUGGGCCUUCAGCGACACAGGUUCAAGCUUCAGCCAGUGUCAUUACAAUGCACUCCCGCGGGAAUGAUUUCGACAUUAGUGCCACAGAUGAACAAAGGAACCGCAUUUUGGUUCAAGUACAAAGACUUCAAACCACCACUGUGGCAGAUGGCAAAAAUUCAAACCAGAAAGAAACAAAUGAACUACCGAUUUAUCAAAUCGAAUAUCUGCCCGAUGUGGAGUCAAUGAAUCCAGCACAGUUGGCCCUGUAUUGCGCCCCGGCAAGGCCUCAGGAAGCCGAGCCAAUACAAUAUUUCCGUGAUGUAAACUUCAUCCAAUACAAAUUUUUAGACGAUUCUCUCGCUUCAUUGUCUGCCAAUCCGAUGGGCCCCAGGUCUACCAUUCCACAUAUCCAACGAUACAUAGAGUGGGCUCAACUGCAGCAGAGAAAGUUCCAAUCUGGAGAACUACCCAACGCUCGCCCCGAGUGGAAAGAUCUUCUACAUGACACAGCCUACUUUGAAGCCGCCUGCAACCGCAUCUCUGCGGCAAAUGACUUGGGGGCAAUGUAUGUUCACACCGGACAUAAUCUCCUUAGUAUUCUUCGAGGGGAGAAAGACCCCCUAGAGUUUAUCUUUACCGGUGAUCGCAUGUCGAAGACAUAUACCGAGCUCAACAACAGACCUGGUUGUUUUGGCCCAUGGGGGCGUUAUCUACAAGCCUUGGCUCGCAAGAGCCCUACAAUGCGAAUUCUGGAGGUUGGCGCCGGUACAGGGGGUACCACUAUUCAGAUGCUAAGAGCCAUGUCGACAGAUAUUGGUCUUCGAGAGAAAGAUGCUUUGUAUGCAAGCUAUCACUACACAGACAUAUCGGCUGCAUUCUUUGAAAAAGCAGAGGAGCGUUUUCACCAGUUCCCUCGCAUGGAAUUCCAAAUUUUAGACAUCACUCAAGAUCCUGCUAAUCAAGGAUUUGAGCUCGAAUCAUAUGACUUGAUCAUCGCAGCAAAUGCCCUCCAUGCAACGCCAUCAAUGAAUCAGACAAUGACAAACGUCCGCUCCCUGUUGAAGCCUCAAGGGAAAUUAAUGCUGUUCGAAGUAACUCGUCCGGAAAUCAUCCGACCAGGUUUUAUUGCUGGAUUAAUGCAAGGUUGGUGGAACGGAGUAGAUGAAGGAAGAUUGUGGAGCCCAGCCCUCACACUACCUGAGUGGAACACUGUGCUGCAACAGACUGGUUUCCGGGGAGUCGAAAUCAUCUUCCCUGAAUAUCAGAAUUCCGAAUGCCAAGAGUCCUGUAUUAUUGUCGGUACAGCUGGCAAUCCAGCACCCCCUGUACCUUCUUUCUGCUUCAUCGUUGAUCCCACUUCGGCAGCACAGGAGCAUCUUCUUGCGCAAACAACCAAAGCCCUCCACUUCCGGUAUCCAGAAUCAAGAAUCUCAACCAGACUCCUCGAAGACUCGCGAUCGAUUGCGAACAUUGCAGGAGAGACGCUUGUAUUUCUAGGCGAAACGGAAAACCCAAUCUUGAGUAGUAUGAGUCGUGGAACUUUCGGUCACAUUCAGCACCUGCUUAGUGAAUGUAAAUCCAUUCUCUGGGUCACAGCUGGAGGGGGCAAAGCGUCAGUUACUCCAGAAUAUGGCCUUGUGGAUGGCUUGGCUCGCAGUCUGCGAAGUGAAAAGACUAGCCGACGGAUCUGUACUUUAGCUCUCGACAUGGACGACGGAUUUCAAGCUCGCCAUGAACAGCACAUUGUUUCUAUCAUUGAUAGAUUUUUACUUGACCUGUCUCGGCCUGUAUAUGAGCCUGAAUUUGUCGAAAUUCAGGGCCAGCUCCAUGUUCCACGUCUUCAGUUAGCUCCCGAAGUCACUGAAGAGCUAUACAGCGCCUCCCAGCCUUAUCAAUUGGCCGAUCAACCACUGCAGGGGCUUUGCCGAGUGCAACUUACUGUGGGCUCGCUGGGUCUUCUUUCUUCUUUGCACUGGACCGACAGUGCUGACGACAGUAGCUCCCCACUCCUGGCUAACGAGGUAUAUGUUGACAAUAAGGCCGCCGGCACCAGCAUUUCUGACGUCUCCAUUGCCCUGGACAGGGCUCCCAAUACAGCACUUGGUCUUGAAUCAGCGGGUAUUAUUGUUCAGGCAGGCGAGAGCUCAGGUUUCUCCGUUGGUGACCGUGUCCUUGCCUUUGGUUCUGGAAAACUCCAAACCAAAAUCCGAGUCAAGUCAGAAACAUUAUGCCGUCUUCCAAACGAGCUGUCUUUCACAGAUGCCGCAGUUAUCCCUGUGGCAUUCGGUACUAUGUGGCAUGCGCUAGUUGAAGUUGGCCGAUUGCAACGAGGCCAAAGUGUUCUCAUUCACGCCGGUGCUGGUGCGAGUGGCCAAGCCGCAAUUCAGCUUGCAAAAUAUUUUGGUGCCAAAGUGUAUACAACUGUGAGUACCGCAGAGAAGAAAAGACUUUUGAUAGAGAGAUAUGGAAUUCCUGCAGACCGCAUUUUUGGCAGUCGAGAUACCUAUUUCGCGCGUGGGGUCCGAAAAGCGACGCAAGGUCGUGGAGUAGACUUGGUUGUAAAUUUCAUCGACGGAGACGUCCAACGCCUAUCUUGCGACUGUAUUUCGCGGUAUGGUCAAUUGAUUCAUCUGAGCUCAGCGCCCUCCAGCGCGCCCAUCCUGCUGUCUCAAUCGGCCCGGCAGGUGUCUUUUACUUGUCUUGAUAUUGUCAGCUGGAUGAAUGAGAGACCUGAUAUGGUCCAACAUGCGAUCCAGAACAUUCUGUCCCUUGUUAAGGCUGGUUACCUUUCUCCUGGAAAGCUUUCUCAGGUGCAAGAUGCAGCUGCUAUCGAAAAGACCUUCCAGGCUAUACAAGAUGGAACUACAACUGGACGGCUUGUGAUCGAUUUGGCGGCGAACGCUGUAGUUCCGACAGUCCUAGCGGUCCGAACUUCAUUUACCUUGAGAUCUGAUGCAACGUACGUCCUGGCUGGUGGACUGGGAGGGUUAGGUCGAGUCACGGCCCAAUGGAUGGCUGAUCAUGGCGCCCGCAACCUGGUUUUACUAGGACGUUCGGGGCCUAAAACACAAAAAGCACUGGACCUUAUUCAGGAACUACAGAAAAAGGGCGUGAAAGUUCAUGCACCACCCUGUGACUUGAUGGACGCGGCUUCCGUCCGCCAGGCAAUGACUGAAGUCUCCGGGAAUAUGCCACCGGUUCGGGGUUGCGUACAAGGCUCCAUGGUUCUCCGGAAUGGCCUCUUUGGCGAUAUGAGCCAUGAUGAUUGGCGACCGGCGGUGGAAUGCAAGGGGCUGGGAUCGAAGCAUCUAACAAGAAAUCUCCCCUCGGAUCUCGAUUUCUUCAUUCUCCUUUCUUCAUUGAGUGGGAUUUUUGGCAACCAAGGCCAAUCCAAUUACUCUGCGGGAUGUAGCUACUUGGAUUCUUUUGCUCGCCAUAAAGUGGCUCAAGGUAAGAAAGUCAUUUCGAUGGAUCUUGGUAUCAUGGUCGAUGAUGGUAUCCUGGUGGAGACAGACGGAUAUCUCGAUCAGGUAAUGAAGAAGAGCUCCUUCGCCCCGGUAUCACGGUCGCAUUACUUAGCCUUGCUCUCUUUGUAUUGCAAUCCCGACCGGGCAAUUUCCACUCCAACAUGUGCACAAAUAUUAUUGGGGCUGCCGGUCACUUCGCCCUCCAGUGGAUCUGAUAUAGGUGACCUUCUCGAAAAGCCUAUUUCAUCUCGACUCAAGCUCGAACGGAUAUCUCUCGAACAUGUUAGUCAGUCUACAGGAGAGGUCAGCGUGAGAAGUCUAUUUUCAAAAACAACGUCUUUACAGGAAGGACGAGAAACAGUCAGCCAGGCUCUAAUUGACAAGAUGAUCCACUCCUACCGACUGAUACCAGAGGAUACAACUGUCGACGAAGAUGCUACGUUGAGUACGUAUCGGGUAGAUUCAUUAUUGGCCGUAGAGCUAUGCAACUGGAUUUCGAAAGAGUUCAUGGCAGAUGUUGCUGUCUUGGAAAUCAUGGGCGGUGCGACAUUUGCGACGGUGAAUAUGCUUGUGGCCAGUCGAAGCCAACUCCCCCAUCCACAGUGGAGCUGA